AUGGCCUCCGCCUCAGUCAUCAAACAAGCUGUUGUGCCUGGCUUACACGUCGCCCCGACUGAGGCUGAUCUGAAGCAGUCAUCCGUCUUGUACAAUCAGCUUCCAUCCGACGAAGCACAACCACCGCUUCUUCACAAUCAUUCGCAAGAAAUUCGAGAGAUUUUGCUUCGCCACAAUGUCCAGGACAGAAUCGGCAUCCAUCUAAUCCAUGGGCAUUUCCAGAUUCCGAGUGAUCAAGUAAUGCUAGGACAUUAUUUUGAGAACCCCACUGGAUGCUGGACUAAGCCCGUCCCUAUUGAAGAAGUUGAUGCCUCUAAUAUACACGGCCAUAUUUUCAAGCUGUCCAGGGACGGAGAACUGGUGGCUUAUGAGUACCGGGAAGGUCCGCCGGAAGAUCUUAGCGAAAUUAACACUUCUUUUUUCAAGGACGUCUUCACGUACCUCCUUGACCACAACCUGACGGACACCUUCGGGCUGCAAGCACUACACCAUGGGCCGUCUUCGCCAAUGAUAGAGCUUGUACUUGGCAAUUCUGGAACAGUGAUGCUCGAUGAGGCCCAAGCCCAAUAUGGAAAGGUCUACAGAACAACUGGAUGGUACGUUGGUAAUGGGAGCGAGAGUAAAGGCUUGGAGGAUGGUGAGAAGCAUGCUCAGACCACGAAGGGUACUCACAGAGUCUUCGUGGAUGAAAUUCCUCUUUCUCAUAUUGGGGAGCUGAAAGGCUUCCUCAAAAAGGAGGAAAUCAUUCAGUAG